CACACAUGUUUGAUAUUUUUGGAUACAAAAUCUUUUUACAUGACCUCAAUAGGAGCAACAAAUGAGCUCCAACGUAGGAAUCAUGAUGGAGCUUUCAUAUCAAUCCAUGAAAAUCGCUCAUCAAGCCCGGGAGGCGGAUGAGCUGAGGGCCGAGAUGAGGAGGAAGAGCCUCCUCAUCCUCAUCUACCAGCACCUCCUGGGACAAGGCUACGUGGCGGCAGCGGUGGCCUUGGACCAGGAGACAAAUGGAGGUGUGAUGAGGUUCGAGGUUUGUGAUAAUAUCGAUCUGGAGAUGGUGCUGAUGGAGUACGAGAGCUAUCACUAUGUCAAGUUUCAGAAAUAUCCCAAACUUAUCAGAAGAACAGCAGAACCAGGUGAAAACAGAUAUGCAAAAAGUGGUGGAGUAAAGAGGAGUCCAUGUUCAGCUGUGAAGCCUCUUCCCAGAAUCAACCCUUCCCAGAGCCCAAAGUCUGGAAACGGAGCCAAGAAGGCAGCCACCAGUGAGAACGGCUCCACUGUUCCUCCAGAGUCAUCAGAGUUUGGUCUCAGUGUUUCCUCCGUCAAAAACGGACCAUUAGGGGAGGUAGCCAUGAACAGGAAGGGACAGGCGACUGAUGGCAAAGGUUCAGUCCAUGAUGCCGUCAAAGGAGCUGGCAUUGACUCAGAGCACAUGGAACGGCUGCUGAAGCCCCUCAGUGGAUUUCCUGGAAUGAGUGGCGAGAUGAGGGAACUGGCUGCAGUGAUCAGCAGGGACAUCUAUUUGCACAGCCCCAACGUGCGGUGGAAGGACAUCAUCGGCCUGGAGGACGCGAAGCGAUUAGUCAAAGAGGCCGUCGUCUAUCCCAUUAAGUACCCCCAGCUAUUUACAGGCAUCCUGUCUCCAUGGAAGGGCUUGCUGCUCUACGGCCCCCCAGGUACAGGUAAGACCCUGCUGGCCAAGGCCGUGGCCACAGAGUGUAAGACGACCUUCUUCAACAUCUCAGCCUCCAGCAUCGUCAGCAAGUGGAGGGGAGACUCUGAGAAACUGGUCAGGGUCCUGUUUGAGCUGGCCAGGUACCACGCCCCAUCCACCAUCUUCCUGGAUGAGCUGGAGUCAGUGAUGGGCCAGAGAGGAACCAGUAUGGGAGGAGAGCACGAGGGCAGUCGCAGGAUGAAGACAGAGCUGCUGGUUCAGAUGGACGGACUGGCGAGAUCAGAAGACUUGGUGUUUGUACUGGCCGCCUCCAACCUGCCUUGGGAACUGGAUCACGCCAUGCUGAGGAGGUUAGAGAAGAGGAUUCUAGUGAGUCUUCCCUCCUCACCAGCUCGCCAAGCCAUGAUCUCUCAUUGGCUGCCUCCUCUCAACUCACCAGGGGGAUUGGAGCUACGAACCGAGUUGGACUAUGAAACCCUGGCAAAGGAGAUGGAGGGUUAUUCUGGCUCUGAUAUAAGAUUGGUGUGUAAAGAGUCUGCCAUGAGACCAGUUCGCAAGAUCUUCGAUGCUCUGGAGUCACAUCGGGAUGAGGACACUGACAUGCCUGCCAUCCAGCUGGAAACUGUGACAACAGCUGACUUCCUGGAAGUCAUCGCACACACCAAACCCUCAGCCCGAAACCUGAUGGACAGAUACACAGCCUGGGAGAGAGAGUACGAGUCUGUUUGACACUCAUACACACAGAGGAAUAUUUUAACGUGAAAAAAAGACUUUUACACUAACACUUCAACUUCUGUUUUUACUGCAUACAAAUUCGACUAGUGCAGUUACACUGGACAUAUAUCACAUACUACAAACCUGGUACUGUAGGUUGGGACAGCACUAGUCCGAUAGCCUAGAUCCGUUCAGAAAAAUUGUUUGCACCAGUACUUUGUGUGUCCACAUUAUAUGAUUUCAUAUUCGACACUUAAAGGACACUGAGGGUAAAAGAGAAACAUAAGACAAAGCAGCAGAGAUACUGAGAUAAAAAGCCCGAUAUUCUGAGCCAGUGCUACUAUGUUUAAAGCUUUCUUUCUUAAUUCUGUUUAUCUGUACAAUGAUCAUAAGCACAAAAAAUAUUAAACAAUAGUU